AUGGGCCAGGUGCUAGGCGCAGCUGAGAUCGUCACUUUGUGGGCCGGGACUUGGCCUGUGUCCCCGUGUACACAGGUGAUCGCGUACAACUACACAGGAAGAGGAAAAUUCGACAGACCAAACAUUCCCUGGAAGAUCGAGCCGCAGCUUGAUCCUCCCGUUGAUGACAUGACUGCUCCUUACAAUAACCAGGCCAUCGAUGAAGACUACUUCAAAAACGAGUUUAACGUUAAUCGCGGUCACUUGUUUCCCAGCUGUCACGCAGAGGAUGCCUUUAUAGCCGAAUCUACAUUCACACUCACUAACAUUGUACCACAGUAUUCAGGCUUUAAUUCUGGCAGUUGGAAACGCAUGGAAAUUGAGAGUCAGAUUAGCAUGAACACACGUUGCAUUGACAAUAAGGGUAACAAUAAGGGUAAGGGUAGCGUUUUAGCCCAUGUGCUGACCGGCGCUAUACCUGGCAAAAACCAACUGAACAACAGGGUAAACAUUCCCUCUCACAUGUGGAUGGCAUUCUGCUGCUGUAAUAAUAGACAGUGCGCCUCUGGGGCUUACUGGGCCCCUAACGAACAAGAACGGAAAAAUGAAAAUAACGUGAUCAAACAAGAGACUGUGCAGGAGUUACAGCAAUUUCUAAAUGAAACAUGGAAAAAAAAUGUGCAGCUGUUUAAGAACUGUACAAAUGUCUCCAAUGGGGUAAUAAUUCCUGAAUGAUCAUUUCUGGUGUUGGAUUAGAGGUCUGUCAAAAUGCUUGUUCGGCUUCUCCAGAAUUCAAACUCUGUUUUUUAGUUGCUGUUAUAAACUGAACGUCUGUAAACGCUUGCAUUUCUUUCUAAUAAAGCUUUGAAGAUG